GGGCCAGAUCAAGAUGGCGGUGCAGGUGGUGCAGGCGGUGCAGGCGGUUCAUCUGGAGUCGGAUGCUUUCCUAGUUUGUCUCAACCACGCUCUGAGCACAGAGAAGGAGGAGGUGAUGGGGCUGUGCAUAGGGGAGUUGAAUGAUGACCCAAGGAGUGACCCCAAAUUUACAUAUACUGGAACUGAUAUGCGCACAGUUGCUGAAAAGGUUGACACCGUCAGAAUUGUUCACAUUCAUUCUGUCAUCAUCUUGCGACGUUCUGAUAAGAGGAAGGAUCGAGUGGAAAUUUCUCCAGAGCAGCUGUCUGCAGCCUCGACAGAGGCAGAGAGGUUGGCUGAACUAACUGGUCGCCCCAUGAGAGUUGUGGGCUGGUAUCAUUCCCAUCCCCAUAUAACUGUUUGGCCUUCACAUGUCGAUGUUCGUACACAAGCCAUGUACCAGAUGAUGGAUCAAGGCUUUGUAGGACUUAUAUUUUCCUGUUUCAUAGAAGAUAAAAAUACAAAGACUGGACGGGUACUCUACACUUGCUUUCAGUCCAUACAGGCCCAAAAGAGCUCAGAGUAA